AUGGACUAUUUGUGCGAUGAGGUUUUUGUCGUCAAACAAGUAGACCCAGAGGGAAAGAAAUUCGACAGGGUUUCCCGCAUAAUUUGUGACAGUGAAAACUAUGCACUCUCCCUCUCUCUUGAUGUAGCCUCUGAACUGUAUGUCCUUAACCAAAAGGAUCGUUUUCAUCUCGUCCUUUCCUCGUCCUUGACACCCAGGGCUGUGGAUCACAAGCUGGCGUCAGCCAACCAAGCAGCCAUUCUUCCAGAGGGAUUUUACGAUCCAGAGCUUUCGCUCCCACCAUCAGCUCGAACUCGACUUGGCACGUCGCUUGCAGAUAAGUUUGAUUACGUAAUGUAUGGCAAAAUUUAUAAGGCCGAAGAGGCAUCCCCGAAUUCAGGCCACAUGUCCAUUUUUGUUUCGUUCGGAGGUCUCUUGAUGAAACUCAAGGGCGAUCCUAAACAUUGGAGGGCAUUGACAGUUGGCUCCUCAAUUUAUUUACUAAUUAAAAAAAUGCCUUAG